CAAACAACGAAAAGGUCGGCAAUAACUCACUUAUGCCUCAUUUGGUUAGAUUAAUGGCAAAUUCACGUGACUAUGACGAACUUCUUCACAGUUGGUGGGGGUGGCGCAAUGAGUCCGGAAGAAAAAUGAGACAGAUUUACAAGGAAUACAUAGGUUUAACGAAUAAAGGUGCAAAAGAGAAUGGUUACACUGACCGUGGGGAAGCGUGGCGUUUGGCUUACGAAGUUGACAACUUUGCUACUUUGGUGGAGCAGUUAUGGAAAGAAUUGAAGCCAUUUUAUAUAGAAAUCCAUGCUUAUGUGCGGUACAAGUUAGCAAAGGCUUAUCCAGGCAAAGUUUCUGAAAAAGAUUAUAUUGAAGCCCACUUGUUGGGAAAUAUGUGGGCGCAAAACUGGGUGAAUAUAUUCGAUAUAGUUAUGCCUUACGAAAACAAAUCCAACCUGGACGUAACGUCGAAUUUGAAACUGGAUAGUCGGUAUAACACUCCUAAGAACCUGACGCGAUUGGCUGAAUCGUUCUUUGUGUCUCUCGGAUUAAAAGAACUGCCUCAAAGUUUUUACGAAAAAUCGAUGUUACAGAAACCGAAAGAUCGCGAAGUAGUAUGCCAUGCAUCAGCGUGGGAUUUCAAUUUGUACAAGGAUGUCAGGUUUUAGAAUUAUUUCUGUGGUUAGAAUGUUCGAGUGCCUUCAAUUAAUUUAAAUUAUGAUUUUUGCCACUUCACUCGAUGCAUUGCACCGGCAUCGCAAAAGCGUAGAUUCGA